CGCCGAGUGAUCUCGCGCACCCGACCGACUCACGACCUUUGCGGGAAGGGUAAUCGCUUCCCCGGCGAUUUUUCGGCGGCACUUGGUGUUGCUUGUUGUCUCGUCGUCUACGUAAAGCUCGUCAUCGGGGACACGUCUCGGGAAGAAGGAAAUAAGUCGCGAAAGUAUGACCGAACGAAGGUCGGGGGCGAGCUGCAUUAGCCGGAACGUAAAUUAAAGCGUAUAGCGCUCCGUCGUACUCAGGGACUCUCGGUGGAAAAAGUAACUGAUCAACUCGGUACGCGAUGGACGUGGAAAAGAUCGCGAUGUUCGCCGGCGUGGGCUUCGCCAUCGCCGUCGGCCUCUUUGUCCUGUGGGGUCCGUCACCCAAGCCCAGGAAAAAAGGUCAAGUUGUUGGGAUCAACAAUUUGGGAUACACAUGUUUCCUGAAUUCUCUUUUGCAAGCACUAGCUGCUUGCCCCUCAUUUAUUUUCUGGCUUCAGAAACAGCAGGAGAAGAAAGAUAGAAACUUUGCUGACACACUAGUUUCUGUUCUUAAAAAAAUCAAUGGUUUUGCCGACGACUUAUAUGGCAAUGUGACACCCGUCGAGAUUAUUUCUUCCGUUGGCUCAUUAUGGAAUUUCGGGCCUGGUCAUCAAGAUGCUCAUGAGUUGUUUCACGUGGUUCUUAGCGCAUUAGAUGCUGAAAUGCAACCUACAAAUAGGAAAGGUUGUUUGUCCGAUGCACUACCACCAAGUCCAAUUAUCAAACUAGAUGUAAGAGCAACGGGCGAUACAUUGAAUCUUAGAAGCGCCUCUUGCAAUGAUAUCGCGUCAGUAAAAAAUGAUUCUGACAACCCGAAGGGUUUUGAUAAGAAUUGUAACAAUCAAAUGAUGACUUCAACCUCGUCCAUAUCUAGUACAUCUCCAAGCACGUGUAAGCCUGGUAUGAUCCUCGCUAGAUCUUCGGAGCUGUUGUCGCGAAGCAUUCAAAGCAACGGUGACUGCACGAGCCUCUUCAGAUCGUGGAAGUCUCUGUGCACUAUGUCGUUAACAAACAUUCCCUUGGUGUCACUGGAAACGCAUCCAUUCUCAGGUCUUAUCACUAGCCAAGUUCAGUGCAGCAACUGUUUGUGGAAGUCGUCAGUGCGUUACGAUAAGCUUGAAACUUUAUCGUUACCAUUACCGCCGCUUACUUCGUCGUUCGUGUCGCAACAUCACACUUUGGAGUGGCUGCUGUCGCAUUUUGUAGACAGCGAAAUUGUGCGCGAUGUGCAAUGCGACGGAUGCUCAUCGCGUUGUACUGCCAUCAAAACUCUUACCCUCGGCAAACUGCCAAAAUGUUUAUGUUUGCACAUCCCAAGGACCACGUGGAGCUCCUCGGGCAUGCCAAUUAAAAGGGAUGAUCAAAUCACGUUCCCUGAAUUUCUGGUGCUAGAUCCCUAUACUUAUACAGAAACAAAAAAGAGAAGCGCCCAGGGCGAUGCAAAGUAUCUUGGUAACAGUUUCAUGGCGAUACAGGGUAAACAUAAAUAUCGGUUGUGCGCGGUAAUUGAGCACCGCGGCCCGGUGGAUUCCGGCCACUUCGUCUGCUUCAGACGCGGAAACAAGACAGAUCAAUGGUUGUACACGUCCGACGUUAUUGUCGAGAGUGUAUCGUUGACGCAGGUGCUGCUCGCCAGCCCGUACUUACUCUUCUACGAGCGUAUCAACAGCGUUUAUUCUAGCUAGGAACAAAUUUUUUCAAGUAAUAGGCAAUCUAUAGAAAUUACGACAAAAUAACGUGAAUUAAUUAAUAACCAAACCGCUCUUUUUAGCCAUGCUUUCUCUCUUACGCUUCCGGCAUUUCAAGCAAAGCAAUUUAUAUAAAUAACGGAAAUAUGUACGGAAGUAGAGUUGCAAGGAACUUAUGAAUAUAGAAAACACAGCUGGAAAGAACGGAAAAUUUGCGAAAUACAAGAGACUGUCGAAUUUUCCAUAAUGAUUUUAGUAUCGUUCGAUGUUGCGCGAUAUUACUUUGUUAUAAUAUAUGACUAUAAAGUGUGUGGUCCCUAGGUAAUAUUUUAUAGCAACAACAAAAUGUAUCAAGUAUAUAUAAUCUAAUUCAGAAGUAUUUCAUUCGCGACGGAUGCGUUAAUAAUUGCCAUUAUUAAACGCUGACAAAUCAGCCGGAAUAGUAUAAUGGAACGAAAAUUUCUUGCUUCUAUAAUCACGUAGUGAUUUUUUAAAUAGAUUUCUACUAGAAAAGACUGUCAAUUCUUAAAAAUCAUUUGAUCAGUUUUUCAUUAUAUCUUUAUUUUAACGAAGACUAAAAUCGUGCCAAAUUCGAAAUCGAAUUAAAUUUAUUGAGGGAGUUAAUCGCGAUCUUGUAUUUUUUAUUACGUUUAUAUUUGGAGCUCUUUGAGCUUUCGCGUAUAUAGUGCAAUUGUUAAAAAUAUUACUAGUAUUAAAGACUGCGAAUUUGUUAUAAUUUGUAUAUAUAGAAAUUUUUUUCCUUUCUCUUGUUGGCAUAAAGGAACAUGCGAAUUACCAGAAUAAAUUUACAUUAAGAACAUUAGGUAUAUGAAUGUAAUGUAAUUUGAAGUCUUAUAAAAAAUAUAUUAAAAUGAAAUAAAAUUUAAAGUGUAAAACCCAGAUAUUUAUCCAAAACUCCAUAAUGAUUUUUCUUUUGUCGCACUGAUGACAUAUAGCAAAAAUUAUGUAUUUUAUGCAAAUACAUAUAUUUUACUAACUUCACAUUUGAUCCGUGACGAUCCGUCAAAACCCUGUUCACAGUGUAUUUAAUAGACGUACGAGACAGCUUCGUAUUAGCAAAAUCCAUCCAUUAACAUUUUUGUGUGACCGUAAUUUAAGACGUUGCGCGUCUUGCGAUUGCAAACCGAUGUAUUAUCGCUCAUUGUUAUUAUAUAUAAAGCAAACUUAAAAGUAAAUAUAGAUUGUUAAUCAUCGUAAAA